AGAUGUGAGCAACUCCUUCGUUGCUUCGCUGUCUCUGGCGAAGACAGACAGCAUGCUGCCCGCUGUGGUGAAGCUCUGCUGUGGAAUCUCCUACCCACACGUCAGGAGCAUGUCAGGGCUCCAACGCACGGCUGUAGCGGUGAUAGGCCAGGAGAUCACACACAUGAAGCACUGGGCGCAGAUCAAACAGUGCAUGGGAAGAUAUGCUGAGCCCAGAGCAGAAGUGGCGGUGAGCGAAGAUCAGCUGUUUUACAUGCGACACGGCAAAGAAGCGCUGAGGAAGGCUGUCGGCAUGUUGGAGGACACAGAAGGAUGGAAGGUGGAGAUUAAAGAGGGCAACGGGGAUGUGAUCUCCAGCAAAGUGAUACCUGGGGCUGGGAAGGUCUUCAGGCUGGAGGCAGUCUUGGAGGCCAGCUUGGAUGACCUCUAUGACCUCUUGUUUGUUAGAGUUGAGGACAUGCACCAGUGGAACCCAAGCAUACAGCAUAUCAAAGUUCUAAAACGAGCUGGACCCGAAACAAUCUUGACUCACGAGGUUUCCGCCGAGACCGCGGGGAAUCUGAUCGGCCAAAGGGAUUUCCUGAGCGUCCGGCACAGCUGCAAACAAAAAUCCUGCAUUUACCUCGGAGGAGCAGCGAUUAGGCUGGAGUCAUUCCCACCACAACCUGGCUUCGUGAGGGCUGGCUGCCCAAGUCCAUUGUCAAUCAGGGUUUGCCUCGGGCACAGCUGGAUUUCACAAAACACCUCCGAAAACGUCUUGGUCUGAGAUGACCGAGUCUUCACGACAGUCACUCUUCAGCCGCACCUUGUCCUUGUUCAAAGGAAGGAAAGGGGGGGGGGCUGGCUGCACGGCGACACGCUGCCCUGUUGAACAGAGAUGCUGCCUGGAAGAGAAGACAAUCUUGAGGAAGAGCUAGCAGAGGGGAGAACCAGCCCGGCAGAUGGAAGCUGGAUUAUAAUAGGAAUUAAUGUCAGAUUGUGCCACUUAAACCUCACAGAGAUUUCCUGUAUAAGAGUCACAACUCGUCUCUUGAUACUCGACACCCUGCAAAUGACUGGACAGAACUAAUAAAGUGACUAAAUGUGCGUGUGCA